AUGGUCGCCUCUAAGAUGAAAGAGGAAAUGGAGGCCAAGAUUACAAAGGCGGCAGAGGAAAACAAUAUGCUGAAAGGCCAACUGGAAGAAUCUUGCCAGCAGAUCCAGAAACAAUCAUCUCAGCUCCAAGCCUACAAGUCCCGCAUGGAAACAUGGAGGUCGAAGUUUGCGAAGUUUAGAAGCUUCUUGAAUGAACUUGGCUGGGACUUUCAAAAUUUACGCGGGGAGGCUAUUCAGCUCAAAGGAACAAGGAAAGAAUUGAUUUCAACUGACGCAGAACAUAAACGGGGUGAAGUGUCAAAGGUGGAGAGCCAAAACGACCUGCUUAAGCAAAGUCUGAAAGAUGCCGAGGAAAGAUCGAAUUACCUUUUGACGCAGCUGUCGGAUGAGAAGAAACGAUCAAGUCUUCUUGAAGUCUACAUACAAAAUUGUGCCAGAGCUCAGUCCACCAAAUUGGACAAGAUUAUGUCUCAUCAACCCAUUAUCCACUCCUUCGCAGCACGCAUGGACUCGGCGAUGCACCAGCUGGAUGUUGGUAUCGCAAAGGGGACCGAGGCAACUGCAGGCCUGUCCGAGAGUCUGAAGGCACAGACUGAGAUUAUCGGGAAGCAAGUUGUCAGAGAAAAUCAGCUAGUGGCAAAAAUCUCGGAAGAUUCAGAAACUAAUGAGAGUUUGCGAAACGCGCUUCGAGAAUUGGCGGCCGCCAAUGAGGACAUAAACGUCUCAAUGAAGGGGCUAGAGGCGAGAGAAAGCGGUCUUCUCGAUCAAUUUACAGCUCUGGAAGCCAGUCUAUCGGCGAUGCAGCUACCAGACCAGAGACAAAUUUUAAAGGAAGAGACUCAGGGGUUUGAGCAGACACUUGCCGAAAUGGAAAGAAAGAUCCAAGGUUUGUCGGAACAGUCCAAGUUGGCCGAGGAAGCCUUGAGAAACAAGGAUCUUGAAAAUCAGGCAUUGAGAGGAUCGCUGGAAAUUGCCUCAGCAAAGGUGGAAGACGAUGAUUCUCGCGUCCGGAGGUACGAAGCGGAAGUAGCAACACUGAAGGAUGAGGUCAAGUCUGUGGAGGCAAGGGUUCGUAAAGAGCUCAGUAGAGCUAGUGUUGUCUCCCGAGAACAGGAUCGAGCAAGAUACGAGCAGAAGAUCCAUGAACUCUUACGAGGGAAAUCAGAGAUUGAAAGGAAUUUGGGCAUGGUGUGCAUGCAGUUGGCUGAGACACGACAAGAUCUAAUAGAGCGCGAAGACAAGGUGAAGCAGCGAGUGAACGAACUGGAACUCCUGCUUGGGUCCAGAGAAAAGGAGAAUGAGGGUCUCAAAAAUGGCAUAUCUGAGAUAACAUCCAAGCUAGAGGAGGAGAAGCACGAAGCAGCAAGACUUGGAGAGCUGGUGUCGUCGAGCGCGGCGGAGCAGGCAUCUCUUCAGCAUCAGAUUGAAGAAGCUGCUCACCGGAUUUCAAGUCUUGAGGGUGAAUGCUCCAGAAUCAGCAAAGAAGGAUCAAAGUCGAUCGAGGAUAUUCAAGGCAAACAUGACAUGCUCUGCAAGGAGUUGCAGGAAAAGGAAGACGAGUGUGUUCUCAUCCAGUCACAGCUCAAAGCUACAAUGUCCGAAAAGGCGGAUCUCGAAUGCAGCAAAGGGAAGGCGGGAGAAGAGAUAAAAUCACUACUCAGAAGGGUCCAAAAUUCCGAGAAGUGGAUGAACAAAUUGAAAGCAACACUUUGUCAAGCGGGCUUUGUCACACCUGAUCAGCCAGCCUCGGAAGCAUGGAGCAGCCUGGAAACCACUUUACGCACAGUUAUUAGCAGAGAGGCCGCCCGCAAUUCCUUGAACUCAUCUUCUGGUGAAAACCAGGAUGUUGGUGGCUCGAAGGCGCCAAGUCCGACUCUAGGACAGGAUGUCUACAAGGCUACAGAAGUGAUCUACAAAGCAGAAAGCUUUCAAGCAAGCAUUAUCUCUUCGCCCUUUCCAGCAAAAGCUAACCCGGCAGAAAACGACGGCGCAAAACAGCCUUUCUGCUCCGCGCAGAACCCCAAUAUUGUACCUUUUUCAAGCUUCCGCCAACGGUCACCAAUAGAUAGUUCUGUCUUCGGCAAUGAUCAGGAUGACCUUGCAGCUAUGCUACUUCUCACAACAGAGCAACAGGUUUCGAAUGAGGUCCAUUCAGUUAGCAAGCCUGAUGAAGCCCAAUCGACAGGAGCAGCCAGCGUCGCUGCACAAGAAGAAACACUUCCGCGAACGAAAACGGCUAGUAUGUCAGCCAAGAGCAAAGUGCUUCAGCCAAACCCUCAACCCAUGCAGGAUGAGAAAUCAAUCGAAACGAAGUACAGCAGUAAAGGGAAAGCAACCAUACCAAAGGGCGUCACUUUCGAGACACAGAGUACCACAUCACCAGGGCAGAAACGUAAAUUAUCGGCCGGGAGCAAUGUCAGUCCAAGUCAGUGGCGGAGCCAGUCCAUAGAGGACAGACCAGUCCGUUUAAAUCGCCGCACAUAUGCCAGGGCUCGUCAACCCGCGUCUCGACCACUGGCAAGCCUUGUGGAACAGCCGACCAGUUCCCUCAGUAACGAUAUUGCUGAUGGAGCUGCGCAUGCCACCGCAUCUUGCUCCACUGGAAACAAACGAGCAAAGCUUUCUAUGGAUCAGAAGCCACAAACAAAGCCCGUCAGCGAGUACUUCGAGCGCAAGCCGAGCCCCAAGAAGCUUGCUUCCGGAAGCAGCAGGCCUUCUUCGAUGAAUGCCAGCCAGGGGACCAACCUAAAGCGAGCAGCUAGAGGUGAUCAUUACAAUGCUCGCUUCAGCCGAGGAGCCUGAGGGACACAUGAACGAAUACGUCAGACGGUAGUCAAGCGAAAGAAUGACUUUAUGUACCAGCUUUUCUUCAAUUCGUGCACUUGCUAACUUAUCCGGCGUGAUAUCGAGAAGUGAGAAGAACAUAUUCCUAUCCCCAAUUUCCGCAACACAGAAUGCCUGAAGCUUUCCAAAAAUGUCAUAUGCAUCAAAGCAAAUAAAUUGAUAAAUGAAUAUUGAUUCAACCCAGAAUGUCUUGCUCUAAACGCCACAAUAUAACACCGAAAAAGAUACACAACUCGAACGUCCACGGAAGCCUGUCGUUAUGAUCCAGCCUCCACGACCAUCCUCGCCACUGCACCGUCUAAUAUACAUGAUCGUCUCAUAUCGAUAAAAAGAUC